AUGAUGCCCCUGGAGCCGAUCUCGAAUGGUAGCGUAUUUGGAACAUCCUCACAACGGUUUGCCACACCCGAUAAUGGACGGACAGGAAUGCAGUAUUGUUCCGCGGAGCGGAUCAACACGGCCACAGCAGCACAGAGCAACAGUGGGAAGCGUGUGUACGACAGUUACGGGCAGUUGCGAAACGAGAACAUCGAGCAGCAGCCACAUCCAUUCUAG